AUGAAGGAAUGGUUGACAAUAAUCAUUUGGUUAAUAACAUCUAUGACACAAACAACUGUCAGUGUCAAGUGUGCAGAAUGCGAUUUUCUGGCUCACACAUCUAUUUCUGGUAUCAGAACUUGUCCACAAAAUUGUUAUGGCGAUGUUUGCUUUAUUGUAGUCAACAAUUACUAUAACGAAACUCUGGUAUCGGGAUGUGUGAAUGUUGACAUGGAUACGCAAACAUUUUUCCGUGAUCAUGCUUAUUGUUAUAAGAGAAAUUGGUACACAGUCUGUGGAUGCACCAACUCAGAUCGGUGCAACAGUCCACAGGCACCCUUUUCUAUGUUUACUUUCGUUACUUCACCUUUUCUCGAAGACUGUCAAUUUAUGACAAAGCAGGCAGAUAGGGACUGUAAUCCAUUUCAAUUGAAUAUUACUUUGAAAGAAAAUAAAUCCGAAACAAAAUUAUUAUUCAGAGAACAAACUGAAGAAGGUGAAAGAAGUAAUAUCAUCGAAAUGACAACAGAAAAUGCACGGAUCGACAAUCCGCUAUCUGUGAUGACAACAACUUACCCAACGGUCAAUAACUCUACAAUAAUUGGGAUUGAAUCGGCCAGUGAUAAAAGCCAUAAGGAUAACAGAAAUGAAAUAACUGGUGAUUUUGUCGAUAAAGUGAUGCGUAGUUUACUUCCCAACACGGAUCUUCAGCAUUUCAUGGAUCCGGAAAAGGGUAGGAAACUGUUUUUCAGCAGUUGCUUUUCAUUUUUGUUUUCUAAUUUAGAUCCGGAAUUUCAGCAGUGA